UAACCAACCUAAGGGAAGCGGUCAAUAAUGUUUAGAAGAAGAAUAGAAGGGUAUAUAGUAUAGUAGCAGAGUGAUAAACACAGCACAACCACACUACUGUGGUUACCCAAGGGAAUUAUAAACUACAGUUGGAAUAGCCUGUUGACAUUGCAAUGCCCACACCAGCAAAAUUCAUUGUAUUUCCAUGGUAAGGGCAUAGGUUGUAGAGGUGAAACCCCACCUCUACUAUGUCCCACAUGCUUCCUUAAUAAAACCGAAACAAGUGGUUGCUUCCUAUAGUAGAAGUCUAGUGUGUCAACAGGAGGCAGUCUUUUACUGGAUCAGUCUCAAAGUGAAGAUGAAGAGUGUGUCUGGUUUGUUGCUACUCAGUUUGAGUCUUUGUGCUGUUGCUGUGGGUCCACCAGUCCAGGUAGUACCUCAAGAAAUAGAGUCAGUCAAUGGAUCUAAUGUGACAAUGGGAUGUACUAGUCCACUAGUAGACAGUGGUGGUGUAUUGGUUUGUGAGUCACUAAGCUAUCUGGUUGAUGGUGUCUCUCCUGAUAUUGACACAAGUACAUCUGGCUGGGCAUCUCAGCUAGUGACAGUGAGGAGGAAUGAGGGAACUCCUGAUCUCCCUUUCUCUCAUGUUCUGCUGACAUUUGGCUUUGACACAGCUGUGUCUCUGACUGGAAUUGAGAUGGACUUGUUCAACUGUCCCGACUGGAACGUUGGUACUUCAUCUAUAUUUACAGUGUAUCACAAUCCAGAUUACAACUUAGCAGCUACCACCAACAUAUUACUUAACCUUCCAUUUGUAGUGGCUUAUUAUAAUUCCUCCCAGUCAUCUUGUGACUCUCUUUCAACUGCUACCAUUUCUGAAAGCUCAUUCCUAAUUGGAUCCUAUCGCACAGUCUAUAUUCUGAUGGACCUAUCACUGACCUCAUCCAUACAGUGGGUUCAUGUGGGAGAGGUCAGGUUCCUGGAUAGAUCUGGAAUGCCUCUGAAAUUCUCAACUUUGCUAUCCUCAUCAUCAACAUCACGUGUGGAGAACAUUAUUGUGACAAAGACUAGCUAUGAGAAGCUGUCAACAAUGGCAACAUCUAGUGCAGCUAAUAUUGUGCCUACGUCAGUUCCUGGAGACAGAGAGAAUGACAGUACAUGUAGUGAGGAGUCCAGUGGCUCAGCUGUGAUUGCUGUGUCAGCAGUAUCUCUCCUGCUGAUCCUCACUCUCACCACAGUCAUCCUUACUCAAUGUCUCCUCAUUAUCAGAAUGAGGAGGUCUAGGAACAAGACUGAGACCUAUGCAGAGGCCACUAACCCUACCACCAAGACAACUGAUGUUCCUGUUUCUCCCAAUGAGGCAUAUGCUCUGACCAAGAUAACCAGCCCAAGGGAAGAGGUUACUUAUGAGGUGGUGCAGUGACAGCAGAGUAAAGGUUUUAAACACAAGCAUGAGAGUAUAGCUUACUCAGUGGCUAAGUUUGUGUUUCGUUACAGAAUAAUGUAGUUUACUUUCAUAGAUACUGCUGGUCAAUGCACUUUCACUAGUACAAUGAAAAGCAAUAAAGUGCAAACCCUCGGCGAACUGUGCAUGCGCGGUAUUGCUAAUUGAUGGGUUGGGCUAUUAUAGUGUUGUUUAAGGACCCAUUCAAGUCCAGCGGAAUCAUGAGGAUUAAUUGGACACUGACAAAGAAUAGAAUGAGUAUGCGUUUACUCGUGGUCUCUCGCUAGCUAGUAGCUCACGGAGAGUCUGACACGGGCUAGCUACAGUAGUAGAUAGCAUGCGGGAAUCGAUUGAUACACGUUGUUUGUUGCGACUUCUUGUGCCUUCAACAUCCAAGUACAAGCGGAACCGGUCGAGGUAGGCCUCUGCUAAUUAGCAUAUUGGCUUGUUCACUUGGUUUUCACGUCAUAACUUCAGAACGCGGCACUUUUACGAAAAUCGCCAUUUUAAAAACGAAGCCAGUGUAGCGCUGAACCCGUUGGUGUCGCUAUUUUACCUGUUUGUUGCGCGUGGUGGCAGAAAAUGUGGUAACAGACGGACAGACCAAGUACUGUAACCCUCGCUGCGCAUGCGCACCGAGGGU